UUCGCGCCCUUUUCUCCCUUCAAAACUUUUUAGCACACAACCGCUGUAUCAUCAGCCUCCCGCCCCCUUGAAAGAUACAAAAGAAUAUUUUUUUUUUAUGGUUAGGAAAAUGUUGUGUUCGGCAAAUUGACAUUUUUGUCGCGAGUGCAAUUUGGUCGCUGAUGUCAAUCUUUACAGAAAAUUCAGAUAAAAUUCACUUUCUGUGGAACUAUUACGGUGAAAAUUGACCAGAAGAAUUAAGCUAAAUGUGAGCAUUGAGGAGGUCGCGAGAGAAACGUUAGGAAGUCGAAUAGUAUAAUUUCUACUGUGUCGAAUAUUGUGUACCAAUGGAGCCAAAUCCUACGGUACCAGCUUUAGCCAGUGAACUGGCGAGGGCUGUAGAACUCAUUAUGAAUCCCACUACAUCGCCAGAAGCCCGAAAGGAAGCUUACGAAGCUUGUGAGAGCUUCAAGGACGCAUCGCCGCUUUGCGCGCAAGCUGGUCUCUUUCUCGCAAGCGGUCAUCAAUUCAGCACCAGCGUUAAACAUUUCGGUCUUCAACUGAUGGAGCAUACGGUGAAAUUCAAAUGGAACACAAUAUCACAUCAAGAGAAAAUUUUCAUUAAGGAGAGCUCGAUGCAAUUGUUACUAACUGGUGUCGGUCCAGCUGAAGACAUAAGUUUGGCGCCGUUGAAGGAUGCUCUUUCGCGUAUCAUAGUUGAGAUGAUCAAGCGCGAAUGGCCACAACAAUGGACUACAUUAUUAGCGGAACUGUCGGACGCUUGCGCUAGGGGUGAAGCUCAAACCGAGUUGGUUUUGCUGAUCUUUCUUCGUUUAGUUGAGGAUGUUGCGUUAUUGCAGACAAUCGAAUCGAAUCAACGUCGUAAAGACAUCUAUCAAGCGCUUACUCUGAAAAUGGACGAAAUCUUCGACUUCUUCCUACGCCUAAUCGAAAUGCAUGUGAACGGUUUCCGAAGCACGACAACAAUUGGAAACCUACAAAAAGCCCGUGCUCACAGUCGUGUUGUUCAAGUUGUCCUUUUAACGCUAACAGGUUUCGUUGAAUGGGUUUCCAUAACGCAUAUCAUGCGUGGCGAAGGGAAACUCCUACAAAUUCUAUGCAUUCUCCUCAACGAUAUUGCAUUUCAAAAUGCCGCGGCCGAAUGCCUGUCGCAAAUUGUGAAUCGUAAGGGUCAAGUUAAAGAUCGAAAACCGUUGUUAUAUCUGUUCGGCGAAGAGCCAAUUGAGUAUAUUUAUCGUGCUGUUGUUAUGGUACCAACGGGAGCCGUGAGCAUCGAACAUAAUUAUGCAUUUUUAAAGAAGAUCCUACCAGUUCUGAACGGCUUGAGUCAACAAUUGACGGCGCUGUGGGGAAAGGAGGAAGGCACAAUCGGACGCCCAGUUCAUUUUACUAAAUAUUUAGAAGCUGUCUAUAUCUUGACUAGACAUCCCAGUUUAACAUUAUCCCACGGUGCUGCACUGAUUUGGAACAUGUUACUGAAACAUGAGCACAUCUCCAGGGACGCACUGUUCUUAGAAUAUAUUCCGAAAGUGAUCCAAUCAAUCGGACCAAAAGUGAUAAAGAUACCUUAUCCCACUUCUCGCCCAGUGACAAUAGGAAUGGAUACGGAAUCUUACAUAAGUAUAGACUAUGACAGUGAAGAGGAGUUCACGAUAUUCUUCCACCGCUGUCGGACUGAUUUCUUAGAGAUAUUUAGACAAGCCACUUUAAUAGUUCCCCUAGUGACGUUUGCAUAUUGCGAAAAUUGGCUCAACUUAAGACUGUCCAAGGCACAUUCCGAAACAUAUACAACAUGUAGCAUUCAUGAUCCUGUGUAUAUGGAGUGGGAAGCUCUAGUUGCCGUUCUAGAUGGCGUUUUGAGUCGCAUUCUCAUGGUUUCGGAGCGACCAUCAGUAACGGCUGGCAUCCGUUUAUUGGAAGAAUGCAUCAAAAUCGAAACAUCCGAUCCGCUAGUUCUUUCCGUGAUCCUUUCAUGCAUUUCGGCUUUAUUCGUCUUUCUAAGUAUGUCAUCGUGCCAAAUUCCGGCUGGAAACAAUGCAGCAAUGACCGCAGCUACACUUAUGCGAGUCUUAAGCAAAAUCUUCGCUUCAUUGGUGUUUACUGAAAACAGUGAAUCGAAAAGUCCUCGAUCUAAGGCCGUGAAAAACUUACGACGACAUGCAGCAUCUUUGAUGGUCAAGCUCGGUCAUAAGUAUCCUCUGCUGUUGCUUCCCGUUUUCGACCAAAUUCAUGUGACUGUCAAGAACCUGAUUCAAUCUCAACAGAUUACUAAAAUGGAGGCAGUGACUUUGCAGGAGGCUCUCUUGCUAAUUUCGAAUCAUUUCUGUGAUUAUAUUCGACAAACGAGCUUUGUUAAGGAAAUUAUUGACAGUGCACAAUCGCAGUGGACGGAAUUGGCGCCAAUAUUCCGAUCACCUCCAGAUUUCAUCAAUUACAUUGGGUUAAACAAGGCUCCUAUUAUGCCAUUGGAAAGCGACCCGUGUGCUCCGAAUAGAGGAAAAAUCAUCGACGCUCUACAUAUUGUGUUGGGUGUUGUGAAACGGUGCUCGUGGCCUGAUGACCCAGAUCGUGCAUCUCGCGGAGGCUUUGUAGUUGGAAGAACGGAGUCGUACAAUCCAGUCUAUCGAAAUCCCGCCACCCCCCACGUUCUCCCACUUUUGCCAAAUAUUUUCGCGCUAUUGCGAGUACUUAAUGAACUUUUCAGUGUGGAAGCGUUAGCGAUGCUCUCGGAAGGCUACAAGAACGUGCAUGCGAUGUUGGAGCAUGAGAAGAAAGUACUGAUGGGAGUGUCGCCCGUGCUAACAGAUCCAAUGGAUCCGACUAUUAAGAAAGUUCCAACGGCGCUGGAUAAAAUGCAACAAUUUCUGACCCUGAUUUUUGAUGGUUGUUAUCAUAUGAUGGGAGCAUCAGGUCCGUCGUUGGGGAGAGAUCUGUACCAGUGGCCUACUUUGGUGAGUGAUUUGAUCGGUAGCAGCUUCUCGAGUCUCGAGCAUGUUCCCGACUAUCGUUUGCGGAGUAUUAUUCGAGUUUUUCUCAAACCAUUCGUAUACUCAUGUCCUUCUGCAUUUUAUGAGCAAGUUUUAGUUCCUGUGUUUGCACAUUUAGCUCCAAUUAUGCUUCAUCGACUGAAAGCUCGGUGGGAAUACAUCACAGCUCUGUAUGCUGCAGGCAAACUUAACGAAGAGGAUGAUACUCAAGAAGUGUUGGACGAUAUGCUCAACAGAACAUUAACUCGUGAAUAUUUGGAUGUAUUGAAAGUCGCCUUAGUGGGAGGAUCAAUUACGAUGAAUGAUCAUUUGGUGGGCAAUGCAUCUGAUGCUACGAUGGAUUUCGAAGACCAAUCGAUGGAUGGAAUGGUUCAAUCGAUGACUCGUGCGACUCAAUCGGCAAUGGCGUCCGAAGUGAUAAGUGAUUUGGGAGGGAAGCUGUUGAGAAAUCAAGCAACGUGCCAUCCAAUUGUAUUGACUAUUUUACACUCAAUAUUCUGGAACGAUGGACAAUCGAGUCUGAAGGCGGUGCAGCUAGCGGGUCCAAUUAUUCGCUUCCUAACAGCAGAGCAAUUGCUUACAGAGUGGUUGGCAACUAAUACCAUGGCGUCGGUUUUGCGGGCUCUACAAAUUCAUGGCCAACACGAAUCAAAUCAGGCAAGUCUGAUAACUCUCGGUGUACAGGUCUAUGAAAUUACACGCCCGAAAUUCCCCACAAUUAUCGCCGUAAUGCAACAGAUCCCCAGCAUCAACUUGGCCGACUUGCAGCAACUAGACGAGAAGAUUGCGCUGGGCCAAACGAAAGGAAACAAGAUCGACAAGGCGAAGAAAGAUCUAUUUAAAAAAAUCACGGCGCAGAAAACGGUUUAAAGUAGAUAAUUUCAUACGAAAAACCUCCAAUUGCAGCUAAUUGGUUGCAGCAUGAACCAACUAUUCCGCCAAGAGAUUGAAAUAGCUAACUUACCUCCAAUGAACUUGCCAUCUCGAAACCUGCAGCGGGCGACUGACAUUCUGACGAACAACGGGCAAAGUGUCGGCUUAACGGAGUUGUUUAAUCCCUCGUAAGAGAUAUUUUAUAUUUUAGCCCUAAUAACGCUUGUUCUUUAAUUUUAAUUAUUUUAAAAUCAUGAAGUUUUAGUAUUUAAUGAAUUAUCAUAAUAUAUACGCAUACAUGCAGAAUGAAGUGGAAAUGAUAUCAUUGAUAAGUGCUACCCCAUUGGCAAUUAAGUAAAUAAGAAAUCUGAACUAUGAAUUAUUGACAAUAGUUUGUGAAAAAAAGAGAUACGAAUAAAAAGUAACGUUGAUAAUAUUAUUAACAAUUGAAUAAAGUAAAAUACAAAACGCUGUACAGAUAGGAAUAAUGUGCACCCGCGCGAAAGACGAAAGAAUCAGUUCGGACGUUGGUUAUUGCUGAAUGAUUGGAGGAGGAGUGAGAGACACUGAGGACAGGCACAAAUUGUGGUCUAUUAAUCUUUGAAAAUUGCUUUUCCUUGCAACAUUUUUUUAUAAUCAUGUCGUAAUAUAACACUUAAGGUGUAGAAUUAUUUUAUAAAUGAGAGACAAGGUAACUUAAUUUGUAAAGGCACUUAUUUUGUACAAAUUAUUUAUUCAUUAUUAUUUUGGAUUUUUAUGGAAAUCGAUAGUCGGUUUGAAUUAAAAAUCUAUUUUGUUAUCAAGAA